AUGUCGCACGUCGUGGUAUUCAACUCGUACGCGAGGUCAUUCAAAAUUCCCACUACGCCUACAAAGUACCUGACCGAGGUGCGGGAUGAGGCGUGUCAGAAGUUUGGUGUCAACAAGGACCAGUUUACAUUAAAAUAUAACAACAAGCCUAUAUCCCUCUCCCAGCAGAUACGUCUUGCGAACCUGCCCCAGGGCGCCCGAUUAGAGCUCGUCCAAGCAUCACGAUCACCUACUGUCAUAUCUGUAGCGCUGCAGCUGCCAGCGACCGAGAAGAACGUGCGUCUUACCAACAAGUUCGCGAGCAACACUUCGUUAUGGGAGAUUCUGCGCCAUUUCGAGAGUAGCCCAGGGGCAAACUACAACUUUACUCAGCGCGGUAUACCUGAAAUGAGUGGUGCAUCCGGUGCCGGAAGGUUACACUACGAGCAGCCCGUCAUAACCGUCAUGCCUGGUCAUAAAGAGCAGUCAAGCUUCGUCGAGCUACAACAGACACUUAGCCAGUUGGGUUUCGACAGUGGAUCAGCUUUGCUGAAAUUGUCGUACAGAAAUAGCGGCACUCCUCUGGAAGAAGCUAUGGCGCAGAUAUCACAAUAUUUUAAGCCUAGUGAGCCUUCCGCUGGAGCAGAGGGGGCGCAUGCUUCAACAACCAGCCAAUUAGCCUCGAUACCGGACCCGACCCAAGCCGCUCCUGAGGCAGCAGAAACUAUCGCUGGUGAGACUGUACGCAAAGAUGAGCCCGAUCCAGAGCCGAUGGAAGUUGAACCAAAAACUGCAGCUCAGCCUGCACAAGAACAGGAAGUUUCAACAGACAAAUACGCAGCAGAGAAUAUCGAGAACACCUCUCCAGCUGCAGCCCUAGCGGCAGCAACUUCAACAGCUUCAGCUGCGCCAGCACAGCCCUCUCAGUCUUCAUCACAACCUGCCCAGGAUACAUCACAGCCGGCCGAAAAGACUCGCAACGUCCAAAUCUUCUCUGCGCCAACUUCGUCGACUCCACAAGCAGCACGAAAUACUUUCAACGAGAGUGACUACCUCCCGACCAUCGAACACGCAAAGGCGCAUCAAAAUGCGCUCCUAAAUAAGACUAAGAAUACUCGCCUACUUUCUGACAAAGAACUCGAAGAAAAAGAGAAAGAACGACAAGCCAAGAUCGCUGCAGCAGCCGAGAAGGGUGGUUCGUUACGGAUACGCAUGCCCGAUGGUGCGCUUAUUCAGAUGUCUUUUAACAAGAACGAUACUGCAGCUGGUCUCUACGACUUUGUUCGCGACUUCUUAGAGAAGAAGAAUGAGCCUUUCCAGCUCAAGAACACAGGCCCAACAGGUCGUUUAGUUCUGAUCCCACGAGACGACAAGCGACUAGUACAGGAUCUGCGUUUCUUCAACAACGAACUCGUCACGUUCCAAUGGGCCGAGAACGCGAGCGCAGAGACAAGGGCGAGUCGGCAUGUACUUGCAUCGGAGUGGCAGGCAAAAGCUCAAACCUUGAAGGUUGAGGAGCCCGCGCGCGAAGACCCGGUCCAGUCGCAAUCAAGUCAACCGCAAGGAGGGUCUGUGACUGAGGGCAAGAGGAAAGCGAACAUGAGCAACGAGGAAAAGGAAAGCAAGCUCAAGAAUCUGCUUGGAAAGGGAUUGUUCAAGAAGAAAUAG